AUGCAUCACCACUUCAGCCUCUCGGCACUCGCCGCUCUCGUCCCUCUGGCGGCCUUCGCUCAGGGCCAGCAGCCAUGCUCGACUGUCAACAUCAUCCUCGCCCGUGGUAGCCUCGAGGCGCAAGGGGUCGGGCUGCUGGGAAACAUUGCGAAAAACGCGUCGACCCAGAUCCCCGGGUCCAUCGUGACGCCGCUCGAGUACCCGGCCCAGCUCGACCCGUACCCUCCCUCAGUAGCGGCUGGCGUGACCAACAUGACGGCGCUCCUGAACCAACAGGCGCAGCAAUGCCCUGGGACGAAACUGGUGUUGAUGGGAUAUUCUCAGGGCGCGCAGGUAUCGCUUGACACCCUCUGUGGCACGUCGGAUGGUCCCAACUUCAAUACCACAGUGGCGCAGGCCCCAAUGGUCGGUAGCAAGAUCGCCGCCGUUGUUCUCUUUGGCGACCCGACGUUCGUCGCAGCCCAGCCCUUUGUCAGAGGCACCAGCAAGAAGAACGGCAUCUUCCCCCGCCAGGAUUUCUCGCAAUGCCAGGGCCUCACUAGCAGGUUCGCGUCCUUUUGUGACGAGUCGGAUCUCUUCUGCGCCUCGGGCCAGAACCUGACGGUCCACCUUGGUUACUUCCAGAACCAGCAGUACAUCGCCAUGGCGUCGUCGUUCAUCGUCGAGAACACGCGGUAAAGCGGGGGUUAUCAAGGCUUAGUUUGACCCGGUGCUGGAGACUCGGCAAACCCGUGGCGGUGGUUCUCAUCAUGAUUAGACGAAACGGGAGGUUUUUUGGUUUGUUUGGUUUCUCCGUUUGGGAAAGCAUCUGGUCUUGAUGAUCGAUAGCAGGAGUUCGCGGGCAAGAUACACUAGCUGUAGCGUCCUUGUUUCUUUAUGGUAAUGUUUGAUCUCCGAACCGAAAAUGCAUAAACGAAAGAUGGAAUCUAUUUGCCCUCCGAACGGAUUCAUAAAGCAUCC